AUGACGUUCCCAAAUCCUCUCCUGAAAAAUGGCAAAAUCAGUGUGAUACAAGAGGAUUAUUUAAUUCCAGGUGGUGAGCAUCUGGGUGGAUCUAUUGUGGAAGAAUCUUUUAGUUCAAAUACUUCUAGUAAGUCAAAAGAUGCAGAGAGUAAUUGUUUGGAUUUUUCUCAGGCUAUACAGAUGGGUUUUAAGAGCAAAGAUGAACAUAAAACAAAUUGGAAACUCGAAACUGGCAUGGUUUUUUCAUUUGGAGAGGAUCCCAAGCUCUGUUUGCAAGCGGUUUGUGCACUCUAUCGCAAACUAACAUCCAAUGGAGAAUUUCUGGAGGAUUCUUUGGAUAACUGUUACCUGGGAUUUGGCAAGAUUGAUACACUCAGGACUGCAAUAGCCGAGUUUCUCACAGAUGGGGAUCGAUAA